UGUUUUACCUGAAUUUAACAAACCAGAAUAAUAUAAUCGUUUUUACAUUGUAAAAAGCAUAAAUCAUAAUGACAUAAUAAAUAAUAAUAGGUAUACUAUUUUAAAUUGGUUUCGGUAGAUGUUACUUUUAUAUAUUUGUAUUCUAUUACAUUUUAGACAUUGUUAUUACAACGGUUAAACGUACAUUUGUCUAUAUCGAUUUCACUAUUGCACUUUAGUACAAAUUAUAUAAUAACAAACAUAUUAUAUUAAAGAACGAGAGAUAAGUAUGACACAAAUGGAAGAACAAGAAAAGCAAUUGGAAAUUGCGUUGACCUCAGUCCAGAAACAAGGAGUGCAUAUGAAAAUGUGCUUGGAUAAAAACAAAUUAAUGGAAGCACUCAAACACGCAUCAGCGAUGUUGGCUGAACUUCGAACAUCAUUGCUUUCGCCGAAGAGUUACUAUGAACUCUUUAUGAAGGUAACCAACGAGCUGUGCUAUUUAGAUUUGUACUUAGUAGAAGAGUUUGAACGAGGUCGCAAAGUAGAUGACUUAUAUCAGAUUAUACAGUAUGCUGGAAACAUUGUACCGAGACUAUAUUUGUUAAUUACAGUAGGCUUAGUUUACAUUAAAACGAACACCAACUUGAAAAGAGAUCUCCUAAAAGAUCUAGUUGAAAUGUGCCGCGGAGUACAACAUCCCUUGAGAGGUUUAUUUUUACGGCAUUAUUUAUUGCAGUGUUCUAAAAAUGUAUUACCUGAUAUUCCUGAUAAUGAAGAAAACGAACAUCCCGAAGGCACUGUACGUGAUUCAAUUGAUUUUAUUUUAAUGAAUUUCGCGGAAAUGAAUAAGUUGUGGGUAAGAAUGCAACAUCAGGGUCAUUCCAGAGAAAAAGAACGUCGAGAAAAAGAACGUGAAGAAUUAAAAAUAUUAGUUGGAACUAAUUUGGUUCGUUUGUCACACCUCGACAGUAUUACUUUGGAUAAAUACCGCAAAGUGGUUUUACCUGGAAUUUUAGAACAAAUUGUCAGUUGUAGGGAUGCCAUUGCUCAAGAGUAUCUUAUGGAGUGUAUAAUUCAGGUGUUCCCCGACGAGUUUCAUCUUUACACUUUGAAUGUAUUUUUGAAAUCGUGCUGUGAACUACAACCAUCCGUGAAUGUUAAGACUAUUGUUAUCUUGAUGAUAAAUCGUCUAACUGUAUUUACUUUCCAUAAUUCAAAUGCUUCCGAGGUGAAACUAUUUGAAGUCCUUACUGAACAAAUCGCCAAUAUUAUUCAGACCCGAGAUUUACCACUUGAAGAUACUGUAUCUCUUCAAGCGGCCAUGGUCGGCUUAGCCCUAAAAUGUUAUCCAGACAAUUUGGAUUAUGUCGAUAAAUCAUUUCAAACAAUUUCCGAUACAUUUGCAAGGCGUAAAAUUGAAAAGAUCAGCCACAAAAAUCCAGUGUCCAGGGAGUUAAUGGCCCUCAUGAAAUUGCCCAUCGACAAUUACGGUGAUCUUUUGUUAGUAAUGCAAUUAAAACAUUUCCCUGAGAUCAUUGAAUAUUUUGAUUUCACCGGUCGUAAAACCAUUGCAAUUUACUUACUUCAAAAUGCAGUUCAGUGUAGAACAUUAAUUCCAACCGUUGAACAAUCUAACAUUGUUCUCACAAUGGUUUCACCUUUGGUCAAAGAUCAACCUGAUCAGCCGGUCGGUGAAGAAGACCCUGAAGAUUUUGCCGAAGAACAGAGUCUUCUUGGAAGGUUUGUCCACCACAUGAAAUCAGAUGAACCAGAUUUACAGUUUCAAAUUUUGAUGACUCAAAGAGAGCAUUUCAGCUUGGGUGGAAAUAAACGUAUUUGUUACACUCUUCCUCCAUUGGUAUUUCAAGCGUAUCAACUUGCUUUGAUUUACAGUGCACAUAGAGAUCAAGAUGAAUUAUGGGAGAAAAAGUGUCGAAAAAUCUUUCAGUUCUGUCAUCAAACAAUUUUAGAAUUGACUAAAGCAGAACUCGCUGAAUUGCCUCUUAGAUUAUUCCUGCAAGGAGCGCUUACAAUAUCACAAAUUAAUUUUAAAAAUUAUGAAACUGUAGCUUAUGAAUUUUACUCGCAGGCUUUUACAUUGUACGAAGAAGAAAUAUCAGAAAGUAAAUGUCAGUUAGCUGCUAUUAUAUUGCUUAUUGGCACAUUUGAAAAAAUUAAUUGUUUUGACGAGGAAAAUGCAGAACCUGUUCGUACUCAAUGUGCCUUGGCGGCUUCUAAAUUACUUAAAAAACCAGAUCAGUGUCGGGCAGUAGCUAUCAGCUCACAUUUGUUUUGGUCCGCACAAAAUAAUCUUGGACAACCGAUCCAAGAUGGUAAGCGUGUAAUGGAUUGCUUAAAAAAAUGUGUGCGUAUCACCAAACAGUGUAUGGAAACGUCUGUUCAAGUUCAGUUGUUUGUUGAACUACUUAACUAUUAUGUAUAUUUCUAUGAACGAGGAAACAACAAUGUCACUGUCGACAUAUUGAAUCAGCUAAUUGGUCAAAUAAAAAAAGAAAUCACUAGUUUAAGUCCAAAUGAAGAAACUGAACAGAUAUCCAAACAUUUUGAUAAUACACUAGCACAUUUACGUAAUAGAAUCGAAACUGCAGACAGUGACGAUUCCGUUUACAAAGCGUUAGAGGGAUUAGAAUUGUAAUAAUUAUAGUUACAUAUGCCUUAGUUAUUGCUAGUUAAGUAUAAUAUAAUAAUAAUUAUGUUAUUAUAAUUAUUAAUAUAUUUUUAUUUUAUUUAUAUAUUAUAUAUCUAUUUAUAUUUAUUUAUUGUUCAUAUUUUAUUUACUUUUAUUAUAUUAUCAUUUAUGCUAAAAUAUAAACUAAAUUUCAAUCAUUUUA